AUGUCUGCGCAUGCUGCUCUCAAGGAUGCUGGUUAUCUCGUAACGUCAUGUGGCACUGGAUCUGCAGUGCGUCUACCAGGCCCGUCGAUUGACAAGCCCAAUAUCUAUGCGUUUGGUACACCGUAUGAGACCAUGUUCCAGGAUUUGAUGAAGAAGGAUUCGCGACUCUAUGAAGCCAAUGGGCUCUUGCCGAUGUUGGAUCGUAAUCGGCACAUUAAAUCAGCCCCUGAGCGCUGGCAGGAGUGUCGCCGCGUCUCAGAUGUCGUUAUCACAUGUGAAGAGCGCUGCUUCGACAGCGUUUGCGAGGAUCUGUUGAGCCGUCGGCAAGAACUGAAUCGACCUGUGCAUGUUAUCAAUGUGGAAAUCAAAGACAAUCACGAGGAAGCACAAAAAGCUGCCAAUGCCAUUCUCUCUCUGGCUGAGAUGAUUGAACAAGCUCGUGACAUAGACGAAGACAUGGACGAAAUCCUUGAGAAGCAGCAGCAGUGCUUUGCCUAUCCACUCCUGCAUACUGUAGCCUAUUAUUAG